AUGGAGGCAUCCGUGUUGAGCCCCACAUCUUGGGAGAAGCGAAGGGCCUGGCUACGGCAGAGUCAUAACUGGCAAACCCAGGUCCUAGAAGAAGAGGCUGCAGCUGCCCUGCAGGAUGCACUGGACCCGGAGCCUUCCAGCCUGGAUGAUGUUUUCCAGGAAGGGAAUCCAAUCAGCAAGAUUGAGGACUGGCUGCAGGGCUGUGGAGACACAGAUGAGGGACUUUCUGAAGAAGCUGGGCAAUCCAACUACAAUGGGUAUUCUAGCCAUGGGACGAGCUUUGAAGAUGACUUGAGUCUUGGAGCAGAGGCACCACUACUGUCCACCAAUGGAAACCUCUUCUCUAGGAACUUCCUUCAGACACCCAGGCCUUGCCAGUUACUUGAUCUCGGCUGCAGUUUGGCUUCCAGCAGCAUGACAGGUGGAACCAACAAAACCACCUCAAGCAUCUCAGAGAUUUUGGACCAGGUACAAGAGGAUGCAGAAGAUGUUCUCUUCAGCCUGGGCUUUGGCCACGAGGACCACAAGGACACAUCUCGUAUCCCUGCAAGAUUUUUCGCCAACCCUUCUCAAGCCAAGGGCAUUGACUUUCAGCUUUUCCUGAAGUCUCAGGUGCAGAGGAUUGAGAUGGAGGACCCCUGCCUGAUGCUGGCCAGCCGGUUUAAGCAGGUGCAAACGCUAGCUGUCACUGCUGACGCUUUCUACUGCCUCUACUCCUAUGUGUCUAAGACGCCUAUUCAGAAGUUCACACCAUCCAGAAUGUUCUGGAACUGUGACCCAACCGAUGUGCCAUCCAUCAGAAUUGUGGCCCCGGAGCCUGAGCCCUGUUCACCUAGAGAACGUCUUCGGAAAGCAAUCUCUAAAAUGUGCCUGUAUACGGGUUCCCGGGAUCGGCUGUCAUCAGCUCAGAACAACCCCAAAAGGAACAGUUUGGACCAAGUUGUGUGGGAAGUGAUAGACAGAGUAAAGGGAGGGAAGCAAGGUCUCCAGCAAAGCCCUUGGCAUGGGCCAGCCCCUCAGGAAGAGUCCGUGCCCCCGGCACACACUACGAAGCUGCCCAUUUCUUCUUGUCCAUGUGCUUCCUGCCCUACAGAAGAUACACAGGGAGACUCAUGCUAUGCUUGUCCUCCAGCCGGAGCAGGUCCACAGCACAAAACAGAAUCUUCACAGGCAAGGAGAGCGCUUUGGGGUCUACAGGCCGUUAGUGAGAAGCCCUGUUCAGCUUGGAAUGAGAAUCCGUGGGAAAGAGAAAACAAGUCAAGAAAGGGUCUGUUUCAAAGGCCUCUCUUGGAAAAGAAGAUGAGGUCAGUGAACUUGCCCAUCAUCCUUCCAAAAGGAAAGCAGAGCCAAGCCAGACGUGAGCUGCACCAGUCUUUAUCUCAGCAAUCUCAGGAUGCUUCUGAUUUUGAGCAGGUACAGGAUGACAGCAGAGGAGAGAACCGCACCCCCAGCACAGCCAGGGAUCCCCACUUCUACCAUACCUCCCUCGGAGAAGACUCAAGAAUUCAGCACUGUUUCGGAGUCCGAACUCCAUGUGAGGAGACCGUGAGAGUUCAUUGCGUUGAAGCUGUGAGGAUGAAGCCUGAGUGGCCUUUUGAGACCACGAGAUGUUGA